GAGAUAGAAAAUGAUAGGUGUAUUAUUAUUGAAUUUAGAUCAAUUAAACAAUAUAUCAGGUGGUUUUACGGAGUAAUGAUCCACUCGUCAUACAUCAAUAUUAUAUGUCACAAAAACUGAUUAUCCACACUCAUCUACCUACCAUAUUCACUAUAUUUGGAGUGAAAUUGAGUGAGUUUAGAGGUUGACCCUAUCUUAUUGCCUCUUUUUUUAGCAUGUUACUCUGUUAGCACUUAGCACAAUUCGCUUUAUAAUGUCGAGAAAAUGAAAUCAGAGUGGUCCAAAAGAGAACUAAAUGAAGAUUGGGAAAGAAGAAGGAACAUUGAAGGGAAUCCCCAGUCAUUAUUAUAUUCCAUGCAACUUGCAACCGGAAAACCAGGUGGAGAACGAGAUGCGGGCGGGAAAGUGGGUAGCUAUUAAGGCGAAGAUUCGUUGCGCUGAACCGUUGGUUACAUCAGUCAGUCAGAAGCCUGUCUGCUUCUCUCUCUCUCUUGCUCUUUGUCCGCUUCCCCCACCGAAAAUUUGUUAUCUUUUCUUUGAUUGAACUCUCAGCAGACCCAAAUGGGGCUCUGGUAUAUAAUACAUCAGCAGCAGCUACCGUCUCCAACUUCUCUUGCUCUGCCACCGAGGGCGACGCUUCGAGAAUGGAAGAAGGAAGCGAAACGGGAACUAGCAAAACCCUGGUUUUUGCUGUUAAUGGUCGUAAGUUCGAGCUCUCUGAUGUCGACCCUUCGACUACUUUGAUCGAGUUCUUGCGUACCAGAACUCCUUUCAAGAGUGUCAAGCUCGGUUGUGGUGAAGGCGGGUGUGGAGCUUGUGUUGUUCUGCUUUCUAAGUAUGAUGAUAUAGUUGGUAAAGUUGAAAACUUCACGGUAAGUUCAUGUCUUACCCUGCUUUGCAGCAUACAUGGAUGUUCAAUCACAACAACUGAAGGCCUUGGAAAUAGCAAAGAUGGGUUUCAUCCAAUUCAUGAGAGAUUUGCUGGUUUUCAUGCUACCCAAUGUGGCUUCUGCACUCCUGGAAUGUGCAUGUCCCUCUAUGGAGCUCUCGUUAAUGCUGAUAAGACAAAUGGACCAGAAUCAGCCUCGGGGAUCUCCAAGCUGACAGCUUUUGAAGCUGAAAAAGCCAUUGCUGGCAAUCUUUGUCGGUGUACUGGAUAUCGACCUAUUGUUGAUGCGUGCAAAAGUUUUGCAGUGGACAUUGACAUGGAGGAUUUAGGGUUUAACUCCUUCUGUAAAACCAAGGCAAGCAGGAUGCCUCUGUAUGAAAAUAAACAAGGCAUCUCUAGAUUGCCGGAAUUUUUUAAAUCGGAUUUCAAGAGUAAUUUGCUUUUCGGUUCAGAGAAACUCCGGUGGCUUACUCCAAAAGCGUUCUUAGAGCUUGACAGCAUGUUGAAAACCAUCAAUUCCAGCAGAGUUAGCCAGGUGAAACUCGUGGUUGGUAACACUAGUGCCGGUUAUUAUAAGGAACUUGAGAACUGUGAUACCUACAUUGACCUAAGGUAUAUACCUGAACUUUCAUGCAUUAGGCAGGAUCCGGUAGGGAUUGAAAUAGGGGCAGCUGUGACCAUUUCUAAAGCUAUCUGCGGAUUGAGAGAAGCUUGUAGAAUCGAAUCUCCUUCAGAAGGUGAUAUCGUUUGGAAGAAGAUCGCUGCUCAUUUGGAGAAAAUAGGUACCAAGUUCAUUCAAAAUACAGGCAGUAUAGGUGGGAAUUUAGUCAUGGCUCAGAGGGCACAUUUUCCAUCUGACAUUGCUACCCUACUUCUAGGAGCUGGUGCUUUUGUUAAUAUACGAAGUGGUACAACUUAUGAGACGGUUAGCUUAGAAGAGUUCCUUGAAAGACCGCCUUUGGAUUCAAAAAGUGUACUUUCAAGUGUUAAAAUCCCGAUCCGGGAGCUGAAAAAGGGCAGAAAUUCUAGAGUAGAUAGUAAACUGUUAUUUGAGACCUACCGGGCUGCACCUAGAGAUCAUGGAAAUGCAUUGGCCUAUGUAAAUGCUGCUUUCUUGGCUGAACUUUCAUCCUGUGGAUCUUCUGGUGAAACUGUACUAAAUAAAUGUGUGCUGGCUUUUGGUGCUUAUGGAAGAAAACAUGCAAUACGAGCAAGGGAAGUUGAGAAAUUAUUAACAGGAAGGGUGUUGACAAUUAGAGUUCUUUAUGAAGCCAUUAAUAUGGUUAAAGGUACAGUGGUACCUGAAGAAGGCACCAGCAGAGAAGCCUAUAGGUCAAGUGUGGCAGUUGGUUUUCUAUUUGAAUUCCUGGGUCCCCUGGCAGAUGCUACUGUUGGAAUCUCUAGGUGUAAUUUGUCUUCCAAGGGCGCUGAAGAGAAUUAUGAAGAGGGUGACCAUGUUAUAUACCCCAGAAUGCUGUCAUCCUCAAGGCAGGUGUUUCAGUUAAACAAGGAUUACCAUCCUGUUGGUGAACCGAUUGUAAAAUCUGGAGCUUCCCUUCAAGCUUCUGGUGAAGCGGUUUAUGUUGAUGACAUUCCCUCCCCUGCAAAUUGCCUACAUGGCUCAUUCAUUUAUAGCACAAAGCCAUUAGCUAGAGUAAAGGGUAUACAAGUCAACCCUAAGUCACAUUCAAAUCGGAUAUCUGGUCUCAUUACUUUUAAGGACAUACCAAACGGUGGGAAGAAUGUAGGUUCCAUGACUAUAUUUGGACCUGAACCUUUGUUUGCCGAUGAUUUUACUCGAUGUGCUGGAGAUCGCCUUGCCUUUGUGGUUGCUGAUACCCAGAAAGAAGCCGAUGUGGCAUCAAGGCUCGCCAUUGUAAAUUAUGAUUUAGAGAAUGUGGAAGCACCAAUCUUAACAGUUGAAGAUGCCUUUGCUAGGUCUAGCUUUUUCCAGGUUCCUCCUUUUCUGUAUCCCAAAGAAGUUGGUGAUUUUUCAAAAGGAAUGGCUGAAGCGGAUCACACGAUUCUUUCCGCCGAGGUAAAGAUCGACUCUCAAUACUACUUCUAUAUGGAAAGCCAAACUGCCCUUGCUGUGCCUGAUGAAGAUAACUGCAUAGUAGUUUACAGUUCUUCUCAGUGCCCUGAGUAUGUUCAUGCGACAAUUGCUCAAUGCAUUGGUGUUCCGGAACACAAUGUACGUGUAAUUACUAGAAGGGUUGGAGGUGGCUUUGGUGGGAAGGCUGUUAAAUCAAUGCCAGUUGCUACAGCUUGCGCACUUGCUGCUCAUGUAUUGCGCCAGCCUGUCAGAAUAUACGUCAAUCGCAAAACUGAUAUGAUAAUGGCAGGAGGAAGGCAUCCAAUGAAGAUAACUUACAGUGUUGGUUUCAAGUCGACUGGGAAAAUCACCGCACUGAAACUCGACAUAUUAGUCGAUGCUGGAAUAUAUACAGACAUAAGUCCAGUAAUGCCAUCAAACUUCAUGGCCGUGUUUAGAAAGUAUGAUUGGGGUGCUUUGUCUUUUGAUAUAAAGGUCUGCAAAACUAAUACAGUGAGUAGAUCAGCAAUGCGAGGACCUGGAGAGGUUCAGGGAUCAUAUGUUGCAGAAGCUAUAAUUGAAAACAUAGCCUCUACUCUUUCAGUGAAUGCAGACUGUGUGAGAAAAAUUAACCUUCACACACAUGAUAGCCUUAAAUUGUUCCAUCCUGCUAGCUCAGGUGAAGUACAAGAGUAUACUUUGAGUUUACUCUGGGAGAAGUUAGCCCUGUCUUCUGAAUAUAGCCAGAGAAGGGAAAUGGUAAUUGAGUUUAAUAAGUGCAAUUUGUGGAAGAAAAGAGGUAUUUCUUCUGUGCCAACAGUUCACGAAGUGAUAGUGAGACCUACUCCUGGGAGAGUAAGCAUUUUAAGAGAUGGGUCUGUUGUUGUUGAAGUUGGAGGAAUAGAACUAGGCCAGGGACUCUGGACAAAGGUAAAGCAAAUGACAGCAUUUGCUCUUGGGUUGAUCAAAUGUGAUACUUUAGAAAUAGACUUGUUGGAGAAAGUAAGGAUAAUACAAGCUGAUACUCUAAGUUUGAUUCAAGGCGGCUUUACUGCUGGAAGCACUACGUCUGAGUCAAGUUGUGAAGCAGUUAGACUCUGCUGUGAGAUCUUGGUUGAGAGACUGAGGCCUCUAAAGGAAAAGUUAAAGACAGAAAUGGGUUCUGUGCAAUGGGAGAUGCUUAUUCAACAGGCACAUAUGCAAGCUGUGAACUUAUCCGCAAGCACGUACUCUGGCCCUGAUUUUUCUUCCAACCGCUACCUAACCUACGGUGCUGCAGUGAGUGAGGUGGAGGUAAACCUGCUUACUGGGGGGACAACAAUUCUAAGAUCAGAUGUUCUUUAUGACUGUGGACGAAGCCUAAAUCCUGCUGUGGAUUUAGGACAGAUCGAAGGGGCUUUUGUCCAAGGUAUUGGGUAUUUUAUGUUGGAAGAGUACACAAGAAACUCCGACGGACUAGUAACCUCAGAUGGAACAUGGACAUACAAGAUUCCUACUGUAGACACAAUACCAAAAGAGUUCAACGUCGAAAUACUAAGCAGUGGACAUCACAAGAACCGUGUGCUGUCUUCCAAAGCUUGUGGCGAGCCACCACUGCUCUUGGCAUCUUCAGUUCACUGUGCGACGAGAGCAGCAGUUAGAGCAGCCCGAGAGCAGCUUCAGUCAUGGGGUUGCCACGACCUGUAUGGUCCAAACUUCAAUCUGGAGGUGCCAGCUGUCAUGCCUACUGUGAAGGAGCAAUGUGGACUGGACAAUGUAGAGAGGUACUUAAAGUGGAAAAUGUGCACCCACUGAGGAGAACAAUAGUAGAACCCUCUGAGGUUGGACAGAGGAACAUAGAAGGAAGGUCAGCUUCCCUUCCAAAUUGUGACCCAAGUUAGUUGUUAUUUUCAUCUAGAUUCUUUGUUAUUGAUACUGAUAAUCCAAGUGCAGGCCUGUUUCCGAUGCUACGAACUCGUCAGCAAGCUCUGUUUAAUCCUCCAACCGACACCACUGAAGCCUAUGGUUCUGCAGUCGACGAGGUAAGUUUGGGAGGAAACGCUUGAAAUUUGUGGUUAAUUAAGGACAUGAAUGGUCCUUGAACUUUAAGGUUAGUAACGAAACUGUCACUGAUUAUAAUUGUUACUGAAUUCGUGGGAUGCAUAGCAAAAUAGUCACUUGAUCCAUCUGACCAUCUUCAUCAGUUGGCUGUGAAGUAGGAGAAGGAUGAGAUUAUGGCAGUUUCCGGUAAUGUAAAGUUGGUCACAUAAUGGAUUUGGUCUGAAUUUGGUACGGGUUCAAAUGGGUCGUCCAUCUCAGCUAGUUUCUGAUGGAGCCGGACUUGUUUCAACUGGCAGGAAGAACUGAAAGCUGAUGUCUGUGUUCUAGUGUUUUGGUUUAAGCAUGACCGAUCUUCUGGUCGCACUGUCACUACUCGCUCCUUGUAUGUUCAGCCAUGCUGUCUUGACUGGCUAGAUUUUCCUCCGAAUUGGAGCACGUACUUCUUGUGGCCGCAGAAGAUGAUGAAUUGUGGCUGCAUAUGAACCUUACCUUGAACUCUGCAUGCUUUCACCGGCUAUCUAUCUUUGAAGUUGGAACCAACAAGGUGUGUCAGUUGUGAGAAGUAGGAGAACACAACAGGGGAACACUCUUGUGUUUGUCAUAUUUUUCCUAUCGGUAGCUUGGUUUGGGUGUGUCUAGGAGAAUGAAACUUGUGUAAUGGUAUGCAAUUAUGCACGCUGUAUUGUAUUCUUUGUUGGCGCUCUCGAUGUAUAUGAGAUGAAAUUUUCAUCUCCAGUAUGUCAAAAUAAUGCAAAUAUUAAUGAGGUAGCAAGCACUUAACACACUAUUGAAAGAUGAGUUAACAAAAUAUGUACUAAUCAUGUAAUGGGUGUAUGAUUUUUGUUUCAGCAAAUCAGAGUGGCGCAGCGGAAGCGUGGUGGGCCCAUAACCCACAGGUCCCUGGAUCGAAACCAGGCUCUGAUACAAAAAUAUUUCCUUUUGAUGCACAUCACUAUUAUUUUUCGAUUCAUCAGUACGCGUUCAUCAUUGUUGAAGGCAAUAUUGAUUGAAAAUUCGACCUAUGUUCACUUGUUUUCAGCAUGUCAAGUAGAGAAUUGCAAGUUGCCAUUUAAUAAUGUUUUAAACUAAGCUUUAAUUAUUUUCCUUUUCGAUGCAACAUCAUUAUUAUUUUUCAAUGCAUCAUUACUCAUUCAUCAUUGUUGAGGCAACAUCCAUUGAAAAUUCGACCUAUGUUCACUUGUUUUCGGCAUGUCAAGUAAAGAAUAUCAAAUUAC